CUUUCAGAUUUCCCGUCGCGAUGUUCUGCUACCAGCUCUUACUGUUUUUUCUAUUUUACGAGCUCUUACCACCAACUCAUUGCGAAGGGAAUUACUUUUGGAAUCGAUACACAAAAGACCUUGGCAGAACUGUUCCAAAACAUACGAUGAUUGAAAAAGAUGAAACCCCACAAUAUAUCGACGAAGUCGUCGAAGUGCCUACAGAUGAGCGUGUGUUGCGGAUGUUUGAAAAUCUUCGGUUGGCGGAAGAGAUAACGCGCAGUAAGCCAGGCCACUUCCAGGCGAGAAAGAUUUUCACGCAAGGACUCGCUUGAUUUCUGGUGGACUGAUCAUACUGGUGUAUAUAAUUGUUGUACAUUUUGCUUCUAAAUUGGCAUUAUUUUUUAUGUCUUGUUUGUGAAUAAAGCAGGUAAACAUUUUGUCACUCG